UGUGCCGUCUAGCAGGAGAUUGCUGCACUCAUAUCGAUCUGAUCAUGAUCUGACACCUUCGGCACACACAUAUCAACUGCAAGCCUGAGGGCAUUGUCCGUUCUCGAGAAAUCCGCAUUCUAAAGAUUUGAUUCUGCAUCUCCUCGACAUCUGAAGGUCUGACAUGACCAAGAAAGCCUCAACAGCAGUCAAUAUCGAGAAUCUUUAGCAUCUUCCACCAACUUUGAAUGCUGCGACACGCAUUGGCAGGUGAACAUAUCCAAACAUGAAAGCUUUCGCACCGCCACGUACUGUGUCUGUAUGCCAACUCUGUCGUCAGACAAGCACGCGACAAACGGCACCAUGGCCCUCAACUGGUCGAGUCGCGCAACAAUCGCGUCUCAUCUCAUCCACUCCCACACGCACUAGAGUUCAAUCAAGAGAUACGCCCACCACCCCUGCUUCAUGUCGACAGUCGCGCAGAUGGUUCGUAUCUGAUACCACGGCCUCUGCUCCUGCAAAUAUAUCCGCCGUUGUCACCCAGCUAUCACAAAAAGAACUUUCGGACUUCCACGCACGCAUCGAAGAGCUUGCGAAACAUGUCCUGGAUCACCCAGCCGUGCCAGACGAGGCUAUCGUUCUGAAAGCACUGGAAGAGUACCUGUCCAUGGCUCGGAAACUCGUUGGUGCCAAAGAUACAGCACAGAAACAGACAACAACACAAACCGAGAAGACGGCUACUUCUGCUCUACUGAGCAACCUCAAUACUCCCUCCAACUCAUCGAUCACGAGGUCACGGAUUAUGGAUGCUCUCACUACCAGAGCUUUCGACAUGCUCAUCUAUCGUCCCGUCUUCAUCACACCUGACAUGCUCAAAACCUACGUCGAGCUACAGUGUCUGCUACAACGUCCAGAAUCCUUCCCAGCAGUCUUCAAACUAUAUCGCGAGAAACCCGUACCCAGACCAUCAAAAGACGGUGUCGUUGCCUACGACGAGACAAAUCCAGAUAAACCCAAUGCAGCCGUAGCCCCCGCAGUAGCAGACAUGGCCAUCGAUGCCGCAAUCGACAGCCGUGAUCUGUCUCUCGCUCUUGGAACUAUUGACGCCACAUACUGCACAAAAGCCUACAAACGCUCUAAAUUCCUGCGAAGUGCUUUGUUUCCCCUGACUGGUUUCUUACUCACACCUCCCGCGGCUUACACACUUGCUACACGCUUUAGCGAUUAUCAGACUACCAUGGAUCCGGCAAUGGCGACGAAUAUCGCCAUGGCGGGUAUUAUGACGUAUACAAUGGCUGUGGGUACUGUGGGCUAUGUUGCUCUGACUACGGCGAAUGAUCAAAUGGUAAGAGUAACUUGGGCGCCGGGAGUACCAUUGUGGGAGCGUUGGGUGCGUGAGGAGGAGCGCAGUGCUUUUGAUAAGUUGUCUCAAGCUUGGGGAUUCGCGAGUAAAGACAAGUGGGGCGAGGAAGAGGGUGAGGAGUGGGAGUACCUCAAGGAGUUCUGCGGUCUUCGUGGUAUGAUGCUUGAUCGUGUCGAACUGAUGGAUGGUAUGGAGUAGAGAGAGAGAGCCAAUGCCUUGAUCCGAUAAUUGUACAAAAGACCCAAAUACUAUAAACCCUUUCCCCCUUUAUAUUACAAGCCAAAUUCUUCUACAAUCGCGUCAACAAGCCUUGAAUCUUUUGCUCCAAAGAACUCGAGCCUUCAACACCUCCACACACCACCUCUUCCUUGAUACCUAACCUCCUACACUGCACCUCCACCUUUGCCUCACUCUUCCAAGCCCUCCCUAACACAACAAUCAACGGAUACCCCACCAAAUCCGCAUCGUUCAAUUUCCAACCCAUUGGCUUAACCCGAUCAUCCACCACCACAUCCGCCACUACUCCCAACCUCUUUGCCAAAGUUUCCGCAUCUUGCUCAUUGCCCUUGCCAGGUACAACGACGACUUGAAAGGGCGCAAUAGCAGCAGGCCAAUUCAACCCCUUGGUAUCUGAAAGAAGUGAUGCGAUGGCGCCUACGAGACGAGAAACACCGAUACCAUGA